CGGGAGCACAGGACCAGUGCACCCGCCGCCACCGCCCACUGAGCACGCCUCGCGCGCUCUCGGUACAACACGCGCCUACGAACCUAUGCACAAUAUAUAGUGGACAAGUGAACAGUUCUCAGUGUUAUUUCAUUUAAACGUGAUUUGUUUUUUUACAUAUUUUUUUUUUCAACUUUUUUUUUCUUAGAGGUUUCUUUUUCACCGAGCGUUUCAUGUUCGGCUACAAAUUCUUCGUUCGCUUAUUAUAACGAUACCUGUCUUUUCGUGAUAGCAGCUAACUAAAUUAAAAGUUUCUCGGAUCGGAUUCAUUGUGUUCGGAUAAGAAGUUUGAUUCAAUUUUAUCAACUGUUCAGUUCGUUAAAAGAUAGUGUAGUGUUUCGACGAUGGAGUUUGUUGACAAUGUCGUGACGGAGCAGUCCAAACACCCGCUGCCGGUGCUCACCGACACGUAUUUGUAUAGUUGAGCCCGCGGCUAAGAUGGUGAAGUAGUGUUUAAUAGACAAUUAAGUGAUACAAUGAGCUUAUAAGUUUAAGUGAAUGUCGGGUGAUCGGGAGAGGAUGCCUUACUACGGAUACCGGGAGGGCGGGCCCGAGUCCGAUUCUGAAGGCGGCUGCUCAGAUUCGGAUGGGGGGGAUUCGGACUCUGAGGGCGGCCUGAGCACGGAGAGCACGGUGGGGCAAGGCCUGCCCUUCCCCGGCUUCACGCCGGUCGCUCUCCGGUACCUCACACAAGAGACGAGACCGAGAAGCUGGUGUCUCAAACUCAUUACUAAUCCGUGGUUCGAAAGGAUAUCGAUGCUGGUAAUCCUGCUGAACUGCGUAACAUUAGGCAUGUACCAGCCAUGCGUCGACGAUCAGUGUGUAACGAAUAGAUGCAAAAUACUACAGGUUUUCGACGAUAUAAUAUUUGCGUUUUUCACGUUGGAAAUGUCAAUCAAAAUGGUGGCGAUGGGCGUUUACGGUCACGGAACUUAUUUAGCGGAUUCGUGGAACAGGCUGGACUUUUUCAUUGUUAUGGCUGGCGCACUGGAAUAUGCUUUAAACGUGGAAAACAUAAAUCUAUCAGCAAUCAGGACGAUUCGAGUUCUAAGACCAUUACGAGCCAUCAACAGGAUACCAAGUAUGCGUAUCUUGGUGAUGCUUCUACUGGACACAUUGCCUAUGUUAGGAAACGUUUUGCUGUUGUGUUUCUUCGUAUUCUUCAUAUUCGGUAUCGUGGGUGUACAACUGUGGGAAGGAAUUCUAAGACAACGCUGCGAAUUCGUCCCACCACCGAAUGUAAUACGACCCAAAGACCUGUCCGAUUGGUACAGAGUGCGCGUCAGAGUGAACUCUAUAUCAUUCUACUACGAGUUCUCAAAGGAAUUGGACUACAUUUGCACGACACCCGAAGACAAUGGCAUGCACACAUGUGGCAACUUCCCUCCAUAUAGAUACGGAGCUCUCGUGUGUAACGAGACUGCCAAGCCUUUCUCGUACAAUCGACCCACAAAUACGUCGUGUGUCAAUUGGAAUCAGUAUUACACUAACUGUACUCAAAGAGGAAAUAACCCCUUUCAGGGGACAAUUUCGUUCGACAACAUUGGUCUCGCCUGGGUCGCUAUUUUCUUGGUGAUUUCACUUGAAGGCUGGACAGACAUUAUGUAUUAUGUGCAAGACGCGCAUAGUUUUUGGGAUUGGAUUUACUUCGUAUUGCUGAUUGUGAUCGGAUCGUUUUUCAUGAUCAACCUCUGCCUAGUCGUAAUAGCGACACAGUUCAGUGAGACGAAAAAACGCGAGAUGGAACGAAUGAGGGCCGAACGUGCCCGAUUCACGUCAACAUCAACGCUUGCGUCAUCAACCAACAACAGUGAACCUGCUACAUGCUACGCUGAAAUUGUCAAAUACGUUGCACAUCUGUGGAGGCGAUUUAAAAGAAGAAUGGCGAAGAAGAUCAGGGUGUAUCGAUAUCAACGUGCGCAAUUGCGAUGGCGGACAAGCAGAGAAACUCUUCAGUUGCCUGCGAAUAAACCAAAACAGCAUCAUCCUUGCUGCCCACGAGUGCAUCCACAGGGUAACGGUGGUAAGAGCGUGAGUGAGGAAGGUAGCGGCGGCGCGGGGCCGGAGGAGCCGCUCAGUCGACCGAGCCUGUUGCGCGUACCUUCAUUGUCUGCCGCCGACCUUGAGAAUGCAUCAAACCUGUCACUCCUGUCUCCGCCGUCCCUGGCUCGUCGAAGGUCAUCAGUGAUGUUCAGCGAUACCGUGCUACUUCACACUCCGACUGCACCGCACGGAGCACAUCCACACAACGUAUGCUCUUCUGAGAAAAUGACACAAACAGAUUCAUUGUGUCAGCGUGACUGGCUUAAGAGCCAAAGUGAGUUCGACCUGCCGACAGGCGACACGGCGGAGGACCGCGCGGCCGCCGGCGGCACCAUGUCCUGCCAGGAACUACUGGCGCUCUCUGGCGCACUGUCCGCCGCCCUGCCUACUGGACAAGUGGCCCUGGAUUCCUUCUUCGAAGAACUCACUAAAGGCAUCAGCAAGAGAGCCGGCGAAGAAAAAGUUGAUACUAGGAUCGUGGAAAUAGAAGACUUCUCAUGCUGCGCAGACCUGAUCGCAGCCGAGGCAGCUGCUAAGGAAACUCGCAAGAGUCGCAUCAGUAACAUUUGUUCUAGAUUCUGGAACAGAAUAUCUAAAGCACUGUCUAUACUUAGAAAGAAGAUCAAAUUCAUUGCCGACCACAAGUACUUUCAACAGGGUAUAUUGUUGGCGAUCCUCAUCAAUACGCUAUCAAUGGGCAUUGAGUACCACAAUCAGCCGGAGGAGCUCACAGUGAUCGUAGAGAUCAGUAACAUUGUGUUCUCCGCAAUAUUCGCUGUGGAGAUGCUUCUCAAGAUUGUAGCUGAAGGUCCAUUCAAGUAUAUAUCCAACGGAUUCAACGUAUUCGAUGGCAUUAUUGUCAUACUCAGUGCAUUUGAACUGGCACAUAGCAUUGGACAAGAAAAAGACAUGGCUGGCAAUUCAGGACUUUCUGUCCUCCGAACAUUUCGGCUGUUGCGCAUAUUAAAGCUGGUCAGGUUCAUGCCCAACCUGCGCCGGCAACUGUUCGUCAUGCUGCGCACUAUGGACAACGUCGCCGUCUUCUUCUCGCUACUCGUACUAUUUAUCUUCAUAUUCAGUAUUCUGGGCAUGUAUCUAUUCGGUGGUAAGUUUUGCAAGUUCGUCGAAGACAAUGGCACCGAGCGGGAUUGUACCUGCCCCGAGAUCAUCUCCCACCAUCCCAAGUGUGAGUGCGACAGGAAACAUUUUAAUAACAUCCUAUGGGCUACCGUCACCGUGUUCCAGGUUUUAACACAAGAAGACUGGAAUGUUGUCUUAUUUAAUGGCAUGGAAAAAACGAGUCAUUGGGCCGCUUUAUAUUUUGUUGCCCUCAUGACAUUUGGGAACUAUGUACUGUUUAACUUGUUAGUUGCUAUACUCGUCGAGGGGUUCAGCUCAGAGCGAAAUGAGAGAAGGGAACGUGAACAACGGGAGCUGGCAAAAUCAAAAUUGUCAAGCGAAUGUUUCUCAGACAAUAACGAAUUGCACUACGACGACUCGAAUUCGGGAUCACAUUCCAGUGAAAGCUUUUCGCAGAAUGAAAUUAAAAAUUAUUGGAGAUCUGCGGAUGAUGUACGAAAGGCCAAGGAUGAUGUUAAUGGGCAUAAAGAAAAGGCAAUGAAAUCACGCCGUAAAACUAAAUCUUCGGCCCAUCAUCCGACACUUUGCAAGGACUGCGCCCAGUCCAACAAGUGUAAUCUACAAAAGGAGUCAAAAAUGUUAGCAAGCAAUGCUGGUAUAACAGAAUCAUCAGCACUGCCGAUGAUAACACACACAGCAGCUACGCCACAAGAUUCACCGUCUACUACUCUGGAGCCAGGCGCAUCAUUCAGAGAUUUUAACGUUGCUUUAAGUCUAGAAAGAUCUGCCAUGCUAUCUAGUUUGGACUCAAUAGAUCGCACUUCGUGCACCAGCAUACCAGGGCUGCUGAAACCACCAAACAGUUACACAUUGACCCUCCACUCAGCCCAAGCUCAACUUGGUGCAGAAAAGGCCCGUUUACCUCCAAUGACAUUAGCCCCUCCCCCUCUCACUCUCGCUCCACCUCCUCUAAGAUCAGCGUCGCCUGCGCCGACAACACCAAGCACACCAAGGUCAAUGCCAUCGCCGCUAUUACCAGAGAAAAACCUACAAAUUACGAUAGCAAAAGACGAAAACUGUUUGAAUACCAAUGAUAAAUCUAGUCUUCUGAGUUCACAAAAGAACGUAAGUGUAGUUAGUAUGGCCAAUGGCGACGACAAAUGUAGGGUGCAACGAGGUUAUAGCUGGCGGUUGUCGAGGUCGAGUCUAAGGAAGAAGCCUAAACAAAGAACAGGAUCAGAUUCCGACGCCAUCAUACUAAAUAACGGCAGAGAUCACGCAGUCUGCAACGGUUCGAACAUCCGCAAGAAUGAGCUACUGCUAUCAUCAUCAAUGGUGAUAAAGAACGACACCCAGUCAGAGCUGCCUAACAACAGAACGCGAACACCGCUACAAGGACCGCGCGUUCUACCGCAGCCCAUUCGACGAGUUUCUGCACAUAAUACACCUCUACUACCUGAUGUAUCAUGGAAAGCUCCGGAAGCGGGGUUCUCAUCUGAUUCGACAGUGCGGCUCGACUCAGUGAAGGCACCGCCUCACAGACUAUCACUCACUAAUGACUACUUGACAGGCAAGUUACGAGUGUCUGACUACGACUCAUUGGUAACAGUGACAUCGGUGUCAGAAGUGAAGGCGAGCAAUUUGGGACCCUCAUCACCCGUAGUACCGGUGACGCCUAGACCGGUGAGGGAACUACCAGCACCCUCAAUACCAACAAGGAUUAACGUCCAGCCACUGCCUCUCAUGAAGCAGAUCAAUGAGGAAGUACGUAGCAGUAAAUUUAAGGUGGCCAUAAACAACGUGUGUAUGUUGUCAUCAAGGUUCGACAGACGACGGUACAGAUUCAAAGACCUUUUUCGCUUUAUGGAGCCGACGGGCUGUCUCAAAGAAAAAGAAUUUUACUCGCUGUACAUUUUUUCGCCCGAAAACAAGAUGCGUCGAUUCUGUACAUGGGUAGUGACAAGAGGUUGGUUCGACAACAUAGUGCUGUUGUUCAUUGCACUGAACUGCAUCACUUUAGCAAUGGAGCGACCCAACAUUCCACCAGACUCCAAGGAGCGAUCCUUCCUCUCUAGUGCCAACUACGUAUUCACAGGAGUAUUCGCCGUUGAAAUGUUUAUAAAGGUAGUGGCAUCAGGAAUGUUUUACGGCCCCGACGCGUAUUUCACAUCUGGUUGGAACAUUAUGGAUGGAUCUCUAGUCAUUAUAUCCAUUAUUGACUUACUAAUGUCUCUAGUAUCAGAAUCCAGUCCUCGAAUAUUUGGAAUUCUCAGGGUAUUUAGAUUACUAAGAUCGCUAAGGCCACUGCGAGUAAUAAACAGAGCGCCAGGAUUGAAGUUAGUCGUACAAACACUGCUGUCUUCAUUGAGACCCAUCGGAAACAUUGUGCUAAUUUGUUGCACAUUCUUUAUCAUUUUUGGUAUUUUGGGAGUGCAGCUUUUCAAAGGAGCAUUUUUCUACUGUGAAGGUGCAAACAUAAAGAAUGUAAAAAACAAGUCCGAUUGCUUGGCAAUAGAAGGCAAUGUUUGGGUGAACAGGAAAUACAACUUCGACGAUUUGGGCAAAGCGCUGAUGUCAUUGUUUGUACUGAGUUCUAGAGACGGAUGGGUGAACAUUAUGUACACCGGGCUUGACGCGGUUGGGGUUGAUCAACAGCCAAUAGUAAACUACUCAGAAUGGCGGCUCUUAUACUUCAUCGCAUUCAUACUGUUGGUCGGUUUCUUCGUGUUGAACAUGUUCGUGGGAGUGGUAGUAGAGAACUUCCAUAGAUGCCGUGAGGAACAAGAAAAAGAAGAAAGGGUUAGAAGAGCCGCCAAGAGAGCACUACAGAUGGAGAAAAAACGAAGAAAGAUGCACAUGCGACCAUAUUAUGCAGACUAUUCACAAACACGUUUAUUCGUCCACAACGUAGUAACAUCUAAAUAUUUUGACCUGGCCAUAGCCGGUGUCAUCGGCUUAAAUGUCGUUACAAUGGCUAUAGAAUACUACAGGAUGCCACCAGCUCUGCAAUAUGCGCUUAAAAUAUUCAAUUAUUUCUUCACUGCUGUGUUUAUCUUAGAAGCAAUUAUGAAACUUGUGGCUUUAGGGUUCAAAAUAUAUUUAAAAGACAAAUGGAAUCAACUAGACGUAAUCAUCGUCAUCUUAUCCAUAGUGGGUAUAGUUUUAGAAGAAUUAGAAACUAAUAUAAUUCCAAUAAAUCCGACUAUCAUGAGAGUAAUGAGGGUGUUGAGGAUAGCCAGGGUACUUAAGUUACUGAAGAUGGCGAAGGGAAUAAGAGCAUUGUUGGACACUGUGAUGCAGGCUUUACCGCAAGUUGGUAACUUGGGGCUUCUGUUCUUUCUUCUAUUCUUCAUAUUCGCUGCGCUUGGAGUGGAGCUCUUCGGAAGAUUGGAAUGUUCUGAUGAAAUUCCUUGUCAAGGUCUGGGAGAACAUGCCCACUUCGCUAACUUUGGCAUGGCAUUCCUAACAUUGUUCCGUGUGGCAACUGGAGACAACUGGAAUGGUAUCAUGAAAGACACUCUACGAGAAGAUUGCGACAGCUCAGUCGACUGCGUCAGGAACUGCUGUGUGUCUACUAUCAUUGCGCCCAUCUUCUUCGUGGUUUUCGUGCUAAUGGCACAGUUCGUACUCGUCAAUGUGGUUGUCGCUGUACUGAUGAAACACCUAGAAGAAUCCCAUAAGCAAAUGGAAGAUGAAAAUGAUAUGGACGUAGAACUCGAGCGUGAGUUAGAACGGGAGGCAGAUGAUGAGGAAGACAGAGCUCUGUGUCGGGCUCUAGAACAGUGUAUGAGCCCUCCGCGGCCGCUGAACAAGGUACCAUCCCUCCCAGCAAACUUCACGUACAGCGAGCCCAAGCAACCAGCACCGUCCCCCGCACGCCGCCGGCGCACGCUGCACUCGCACACCGCUUUGUUACCGACGGCACUACCACCGAGACGGGCUUCCUUAUCCCCUCACGCCUUCGGGCGACGCCGACAGGACUCGAGCUCCGAGCCGCCCGCUGCCCUCUACGAGGAAGACGCACGAUUCAUCGACGCAGACGAUGCCGACCAGCUUGAACCUGGCAGCCCACCUCGGCGGGACUCCUUUGCCCAGAACAGGAGGCAGCGGGUAGACAAAAGAAACUCACUGCGUGGUGAAGAAGCUCGAUUACUACGGCCAGUGCUACUUGCCGUACCAUCUACAAGGCAGAGUCUAAGACUGAGCGGCCCCAAAAGGAGAUUAUCUACUGAGUCGGCCGCAACGGAUGCCAGCAAUACGUCACGCUCCCAACAUCAACUUACGCCAGAGUCGGUUGACCAACCAAUAAGUGAGGAGGAGAAGAUAAGAAUAGUUAUAGCCGAAAGGCGAAAGAUGGACGCGACGAGGCCAGAACCGGAUGAAGUCGUGGAACUAGCAGAGCGAGGCUCCUAGUCCAGGCGGGGCCGGCCGCAGCAACACCAUGAAGUCUACAUCUAGAUGUCGCUGAGAGCGACGUCCGGGUGCCCUAUCCUCUGUCUCUUCCUCGACCUCCUCUCGUCUAUAAGUGUUGAAUGCUCAAGGACAGUGAAUGCUUGAACUCGGUUGCACGAACAGUGUUUAUAGUGACGAUUUUAUAAACUACUACUAAUUGACUUUGGUGCGUUUCAGUGUUGUGUUGCGUUGUCGAUAUUAAUGAAAGAUGGAUAUUGCCUGUUCCGAACUUCUCCUACAUUUUCUUUCCUACGUCCGACCUAACCCUCACUUCACCAUUUGCGGCCGGUUCAAUUACUUCAUAAAGAGACUUUAAUAAAUUUAGUUUAAGGUGUAUAAAAGAUGUAGAUAGGAGUUAGAACUAGUCAAUUUGUUGUGGUGGGAUGUUUUCUACGAGAGCUAAAAUUUACUUUGUAAUUUUAUUAUUAGUACGGUGCUUGCUGUUAAAGGUUAAUUCGUUAUUAUUAUUAAAUUCUAUAAGAUUUUCCAAAGUAAACCUCAACGAAAUAUUGGUUCUUAGACAAAUAGAUUCAGUUUAUCGUGCAGCCACAGACUCGUUUAAAGUUGUGUGUGCAAUUAAAUGUUAGACUUUACUUAAGAACGGGUUUCAAAUCAUUGAAUUUUUAGUGUUAUGACGAUUUGUGUAUUCAACGAUUUAAAAGCCUAUAAAUAUUAUAAUUUCGAUGUGGGUACUUAGUCGUGAUUACUUCUAAAGUAUCUGUUAGCCAACGACUGUGUAGUCUUCUAGAGUAUUGUUACUAGCUAGAUCUUUGUCAAUCUAAUAUCUAAAGUGGAACCAAAAGUUGGUGAAUUGAUUAUAAUUCUCUUUAAAGAUGAAAGAUAAUAUUUUCUGAAUAUAAAUGAAUCCUAUUUUCUUACAGAGUCAUGUACGUAACUUAGACGUGUAACUGGCAAUACGCACAUAACGGUAGAGUCGACAUUAGGUAGAACGAAGUAGAUUGUGAGUAACGACAUCGCAAACUAAUCUGUUUACAUAAGCUAUGAACUACGAUAGUUUCAACUUAGAUUGUAUUAUUUAUUGAUAAUUUAAAGUUUAGUGCGAUGUAUCACUAGCCGUGCCAAAUCUACAAGACCUUUUAAAUUAAGCGAACAUUUUGUAAGAGUAUUUUAAUUGAGCAGUUGAUACCUGGAUGCUUGUCUUUCAAAACUUUUCCGCUUGUUCAAAUUACUUACUGUCUACUUUAUAAAACGCCGCAGAGCAAGACAAAGUAAGUUAAAGUACCUAAAAUAUCAAAGAAGGUUUAAUUUAAAGCACAAACUGCUGUUUAUUUUAAAAACAUGUCUAUGUGGUUCUAGUUACUGUAUAACGUCGUACCUAGUUAGGGAAGUCAGCAAUAAAUUUUAUACUUCGACUGUGCCUUUCCUAUUUCUAAUGUAUUAGCUUGUGAAGUUGAAUGUGGGUAGUCUCUGAGAUUUAAUGUAUACUGUAGGAGUUGGAGUGUAGAUACAUUAAAUUAUGAUUCUUGUUGAGUCUUUAUUAAGUUUUCGUUAUUUGUCAUGUGAAGAGUUUUGUAAAUGUAAGACGUUCCCGAGGAAAAUAAUGUUAACUUUGUGUCAUUCCGAAAACUAAAAACUAUUCUAUUUUGUACCUAUGAGAGCAGUACAACAAAUAUGUUAGUGUGUAGCAUUUAGCUUAACGUUUUGUUGUGCCAUUUAUUCCAUUGAAAAUGUCAACUUACGACCUUAUUAACAAUAUAUUUAAUAUUACUUGAUUGCUUCUCUUUCCACAAGACGCUAUCUCUCAAUUACAUAAUGUCUUCCAUCUUUACUCAAUCUAUACCGGUAACUUACAAUGGUAUCGAUCGAAGUUUUAUUCCUAGCUACAAUAGAGUUCUUGUAUAAAUAGACAUCGAGUGAUUUCAUGUUUAAUAUUAUUUAUAUUUUCAAGUUUAUGUAAAAGAAUUGAUUAAAAGGAAUUUAGUAAAAUUAAGAAUAGUAUUUUCGUGAUAAAAGUAAAUUUCGUGAUAAUGAUGAAUAAUUGUUUUUCGGUACUGAUCGUAUAAUAAUUUAAGUGGUAUGAACAAUGUUCAUAGUUGAGUACACCUGUUAUCUUAGCUGGUGAUCUGUCGAGUUAAGAAAGUUACGACAAUGUUAGGUUGAAAAAAUAAAUCAAAAUUCAAAUAA